ACCACUGUGUGUACGUGUUUUCCUCUUAUGUUUUCCAUGCAGUACAGUGGAAAAGCCGCCUUUUUUUCCCUGUCUCAACUCUACAAGAUAUUUGGAAGCCCCUCUACAUGACGUGUAAUUGCUCCUUAAGCUGGAUCGGAUGGGAAAAGGGAGGGGAGGGAAGGGACACCACCAAGGCAAGGGAAAGAAAUUGGAGAAAGUGAGGAAAAAAAAAAGUUGGUGAGCCAGACGGCCAUCUGGAACACAUCAAUUUGUCUACCCGAGCAUCUGCUUACCUUCCCUGAACGAGGCAACCAAGCGUCGACAUGGCAAUCGUUCUGCACUCUACCCCCCUCUUGUGGACGCGUCUGGCGGCGCUGAUCUUCUCAUGCGUGGCCUUCUCGGUAGCGGUCCACGGUGGGCGUCUGUACCACGGCACGGGCGACUGGUGCAUCUUCUGCUGGGCCUUCAGCUUCGCCGGCACUCUGCUGGUGCUCCUGGUGGAGCUGUUUGGCCUGCAGACCCGAGCGCCCGUCUCCUGGAAGAACUUCCCCAUCACGUUCGCCUGCUACGCCGCUCUGCUGUGCCUGUCGGCGUCCAUCAUCUUCCCGCUGUACUACCUGAAAGGCUCCAUGGGACCCAGCGAGGUGCGUGACUACCGCAUCGUGUCCACCGUCUUCUCCUGCUUGGCCACUAUCGCCUACAUGACCGAGGUGAGCAUCAGCAAGGCCAGGCCGGGCGAAGUGGCGGGCUACAUGGCCACCGCCCCGGGUCUGCUGAAGGUGUGCGAGACCUUCGUGGCUUGCAUCAUCUUCGUGUUCAUCAGCGACCCGGUGCUGUACGACCGCCAUGACGCGCUCAAGUACUGCAUGUCCGUCUACUGCAUCUGCUUCAUCUUGUCCGCCGCCAUCAUCCUUCUGUGCGUGGGCGAGUGCACCGGCUGCCUGCCGUUCCCCUUCGCCCGCUUCUUGUCCGGGUACGCCCUGCUAGCCGUGAUCCUCUACCUGUCGGCCACCAUCGUCUGGCCCAUCUUCAACUUCGACCCCAAGCACGGCGGCAACAAGCAGCGUCCGUCCAGCUGCGGCUCCACGCAGGGGCUGUGCACAUGGGACAAGCUGAUGGCGGUGGCCGUGCUCACCGCCGUCAAUUUGGUGCUCUACCUGGCCGACCUCAUCUACUCCGCCCGCUUGGUGUUUGUCAGCGCUUGAGACUGCGGCUCGAGAUUCGAAACUUGACUCCGAAUUAGCUUCAAAAGUGUUUGCGCAUGGGAACCCGCAAGUUGCAACAGUCCAAAAUUCUGAGUUCAAAUACAAAGUUUACAAGUUUAAUUUGUUUCUUGAAACGCUCAUAUUGCAAAUCAUCGUUCCCCAUCAAAAUGAAUGGAAAUGCUAAUAAUUCGUUCCAGACCCACUUUGUGCUCCUUCUAGUGUUUGCGCCCUGGCCAUCAGAGGGCAGUAUCAUACAGCUAUGUAGACAUAAAUGAGGAAACGUUUCACAAAUUGCGGUAGUAUUAGUCUUUUUUUUUCAAUGUAUACAAUUUGGAGCUGAAAUUAAAUUUGAAAUAAUUAAAGAAAAAUGAAAACUAUACCUCAAAAUGCAGUCAGCAAAUCUAAUGAAACUCACACAACCAAAAAGACCGACUCUAGAAGUGGGAUUCUUUUUUUUCCUCCGAUGUGUGUGUGUGUUUAUUUUCUUACUACCAAAUGGUAAAGAAAUACGCAAUCAUAACCUCGAUAACGAAACAGUCCCAACUAAGUUUCUGGGGGAAAAUAAUGAUAUAUUAGCCCAGUUAACAUCCAUAGCAACAACCACAUAAGUGCCUUUUUUUCUUUUUCAACUACAGCCGGUUAUAAAUGAUAGCAAAGAGAAAGCAUGUGAUGACCAUGACAGAACGGGAAUUUUUUUUUGGGGGCGGGGUUAAUCUUCAUUGACAGCAGAAUUUUUGAGUAUCCCCAAAUCCGACCUCACAGGUGUGUUAUAUCAGUGAUGACAAAGAAAAGAAAGGUAAUGAUAACCACAGAACACGAAACAGGAAAACAAGUGUUUUCAUUGAUAGAAACCUCAAAAGUGCUCAAAAUUCACAUAUUUUUUGUUCCUUUUUUUUUUUUUUGGU